AUGUCAAUUCUAUUGCUUGGAGGACGGGUGGCAGCAUCGGCAGCUUCAAUAUCUCCAGCUAGUGAGAAGAAAGCAUGGCUCAUUUUAGCUUGGGUUAGCACUGUAGCAGGCAACCUCUCACUCUUGGGAUCAGCUGCCAACUUAAUUGUGUGUGAGCAGGCUCGACGUGCAACCGUUGGUUACAAUUUGUCUUUCUGGAGCCAUCUCAAAUUUGGAGUUCCCUCCACACUCAUAGUCACAGCUAUUGGCUUGGCACUUAUAAGAUGA